UUUGGAUACACCAAGAAAAUUUGGAACAAAACUCUUUACUAUUGCGUCGUCGAUUUUGACAAUGAAUUUUGUGAAAGCUCAGCAAUUGAUUCCGGAAUCAAACGCAGCAGAUUCGCUGUUUCCUCGAUCCUCCCUCUCACCACAUCUCUUUGACAAUCAGCAGCAGUGCGUAUAAGUCGCUGGGCCGCGGAGAGAGCAGCGGGGCCUGGCGUACUAUUAUCAGCGAUUCGGGAAAUACAGCAAAUGAGAAGUGAAUCUCCCGUUGCCUUACCAUUCCUUAGUUGACUGCGCCCGACAAUCAGCAUUAGUUUCGUUCAUCCCUUUAAUUCGGGAGUCUAAGUGGGGCACUUUACUUCGAAAGGUUCUCUGGAAAUCGUAAACGAGUAAGUGGAGAAAGCAUCUUGAAGUAUGACGGUCAUGGUGGGCAACGCGAAGGAAGCCAAUAACUUUGCUGGUGGAAGGAAGCAAAGGGAUGUAGCUGCUUACAGCGUACUUCAGAGCAGUCGGCUGGAUCACAUUCCACCCCUACCUUCCGUUUUCCAUAGUCCCUUUCAAGUUAGCUAUGGGCCCGCAACCUCUGCCGCCGGAAAUCCAGAGGAAAUUCAGAAACUCUUUCCAAACUUGUACGGCCAGCCACAUGUAGAGUUGGUUCCGAGUGCAAAACCCACAUUCACAGAAAAGAAACUCAAAGUUGGAGUGGUGUUGUCUGGCGGGCAGGCUCCUGGAGGUCACAAUGUCAUAGCAGGCAUCUAUGAUUACUUGCAAGAGCAUGCAGCGGGAAGCAUUUUGUAUGGAUUUCAAGGUGGUCCCGCAGGAAUCAUGAAGUGUAAAUACGUGGAGAUUACUGCUGACUUCUUGUAUCCUUAUCGCAAUCAGGGUGGUUUCGAUAUCAUUUGCAGUGGGAGAGACAAGAUUGAGACUCCUGAUCAGUUCAAGCAAGCCAUGGAUACCGUCAACAAGUUGGACCUGGAUGGACUUGUCGUUAUAGGCGGAGAUGACUCCAAUACGAACGCCUGUCUUCUUGCAGAGUGCUUCAGAGCCAACAAAGUGAAGACACACGUCAUAGGGUGUCCUAAAACUAUCGAUGGCGAUCUGAAAAGCAAGCAUGUUCCUAUCAGCUUUGGAUUCGACACAGCUUGCAAGAUAUAUGCUGAGAUGAUAGGAAAUGUAAUGGUGGACGCACGCUCUACUGGAAAAUACUAUCACUUUGUUCGACUCAUGGGUCGAGCUGCUUCACACAUCACCUUAGAGUGCGCUCUUCAAACGCACCCUAACAUUGCAGUUAUUGGAGAAGAGGUAGCACUUCACCAGCAAACUUUGCGGCAGGUGGUAAACACCAUAACUGACUUGGUAUGCAAACGAGCCGAACAAGGGAAACAUUAUGGGGUCAUACUCAUCCCAGAAGGCUUAAUUGAUUUCAUUCCUGAGAUCCAACAUUUGAUUGCCGAACUUAAUGAGAUUCUGGCCACCAGUACGUGUGAUCCAGAGGGCCACUGGAAACAUAAACUUACACCUCCAUCCAGGGCACUGUUUGACUUACUUCCUCACAGUAUUCAAGAGGAGCUGUUACUAGAACGUGAUCCACAUGGAAACGUCCAGGUGGCAAGAAUUGAGACUGAAAAGAUGUUGAUUACUAUGGUGGAAGCUGAACUUGGGCAGAGGAAACAUGAAAGCUCAUACUCUGGCAAUUUCACUGGGAUAUCUCAUUUCUUCGGAUAUGAAGGGCGAUGUGGCAUGCCAACUAAUUUUGACGCAACUUACUGUUACGCACUGGGCUUCGCUGCGGGAGCACUUUUGCAAUCCGGGCACAGUGGUCUGAUUGCCUCGGUCGGUAACUUGACUGCACCAUCUACAGAAUGGACUGUGGGUGGAACAGCACUGACUGAACUGAUGGACGUUGAGCGAAGGAAGGGAAAGAACAAACCUGUCAUAAAGAAGGCCAUGGUUGAGCUUGAGGGUGCUCCAUUCCUAAAAUUUGCCUCUGUAAGAGACAAUUGGGCUCUGGAAGACAGCUAUCGUAGCCCAGGGCCCAUCCAGUUUCUUGGACCCACUGCUGACGAAACAAACUGUACCCUUCAGUUGGAACUUGGGGCAGUUGCAGCUUAAGGUUUGGAGGUCAUGGCUCAAAAAGCACAUCUUUCACGAAAUUCGACAGUCAGUAGACGAAUAUGGGCAGUCGGAAUGCAUUUCAGUAACUGCCAGAGACAGCCGAUGUAUAUCGUACCGUAGUUUACAAUGGGUUCUCAGGAAGUUAAACCCGCCUCGGAGUCCCUUGUAUUUCCGAGAAGUCUCACUGAUCCCCCAUUAUGACACCCAUCUCCAAUUUUUCAAUCUCCUAAUAGUUGUAGCCCAUCUCUUGCCCUUAAUCUCCGUGACUUUGGCAUAGUUAGGGACGUCCUGGACAAGGGACCUCAGUUGGGCCCAAAAGUAGUGGUGGAUGGGUCUAAGAAGUUCACGUAGUGACCAGUGAGUGGGUAAAAAGGGUUUCACUCCUACAUAGAAGUGAAUUACCGAUGGAAUUUGGAAGUGACCACAAGGAACUCAUACGGUAGACACUGCCGUCUUCUAAUAUUUCAUCGGUCGGGAUCGAUUCGUGUUAUCUUGAUUUCCGAUUUAAGCCUUGUGUGUGUGACUUACGCCUCGAUUGUUUUCAUUUUAUUUCCAGCGAAGAAUGUU